CCUCUCCCAUGCGCUGAGGGCGCCCGGCUGGGCCGGGAGGGCGGCCGGACCGGAGGAUACUCUCCAUGGUCCAGAAGAGCGGCAUGUCCCGGGGCCCUUACCCACCUUCCCAAGAGAUCCCUAUGGAGGUCUUCGACCCCAGCCCACAGGGCAAGUACAGCAAGAGGAAAGGGCGGUUCAAAAGGUCUGACGGAAGUACCUCUUCGGAUACAACAUCCAACAGUUUUGUCCGCCAGGGCUCAGCAGAGUCCUACACGAGCCGACCAUCAGACUCUGAUGUGUCUCUGGAGGAGGACCGGGAGGCCUUAAGGAAGGAGGCAGAGCGACAGGCCUUAGCCCAGCUCGAGAAGGCCAAGACUAAACCAGUGGCUUUUGCUGUGCGGACAAAUGUUGGCUACAAUCCGUCUCCAGGGGAUGAGGUACCUGUACAGGGAGUGGCCAUCACCUUUGAACCCAAGGACUUCCUGCACAUCAAGGAGAAGUACAAUAACGACUGGUGGAUUGGACGGCUGGUGAAGGAAGGCUGUGAGGUUGGCUUCAUCCCCAGCCCUGUCAAACUGGACAGCCUUCGCCUGCUGCAGGAACAGACCCUACGCCAGAACCGCCUCAGCUCCAGCAAGUCAGGUGACAACUCCAGUUCCAGUCUGGGAGAUGUGGUGACUGGCACCCGCCGCCCCACUCCCCCUGCCAGUGGUAACGAAAUGACUAACUUUGCCUUUGAGCUAGAUCCCCUAGAGUUAGAGGAGGAGGAGGCAGAGCUAGGGGAGCACGGAGGCUCUGCCAAGACUAGCGUGAGCAGUGUCACCACGCCACCACCCCACGGCAAGCGCAUCCCCUUCUUUAAGAAGACAGAGCAUGUGCCCCCCUAUGACGUGGUGCCUUCCAUGAGGCCCAUCAUCCUGGUGGGACCGUCGCUCAAGGGCUACGAGGUAACAGACAUGAUGCAGAAAGCGUUGUUUGACUUCCUCAAGCAUCGGUUUGAUGGCAGGAUUUCCAUCACUCGGGUAACGGCUGACAUUUCCCUGGCCAAGCGCUCAGUCCUCAACAACCCCAGCAAACACAUUAUCAUUGAGCGCUCAAACACGCGCUCCAGCCUGGCUGAGGUACAGAGUGAGAUUGAGCGGAUCUUCGAGCUGGCCCGGACCUUGCAGCUGGUCGCCUUGGACGCUGACACCAUCAACCACCCAGCCCAGCUCUCUAAAACGUCGCUGGCCCCCAUCGUUGUUUACAUCAAGAUCACAUCCCCCAAGGUACUGCAGAGGCUCAUCAAAUCCCGAGGGAAGUCUCAAUCCAAACACCUCAAUGUCCAAAUAGCAGCCUCGGAGAAGCUGGCACAGUGUCCCCCCGAAAUGUUUGACAUAAUUCUGGACGAGAACCAAUUGGAAGAUGCCUGCGAGCAUCUGGCCGAGUACUUGGAAGCCUACUGGAAGGCCACACACCCGCCUAGCAGCACGCCACCCAAUCCGCUGCUGAACCGCACCAUGGCUACCGCAGCUCUGGCUGCCAGCCCUGCCCCGGUCUCCAACCUCCAGGGACCCUACCUUGCUUCCGGGGACCAGCCGCUGGACCGGGCCACUGGGGAGCAUGCCAGUGUGCACGAGUACCCCGGGGAACUGGGCCAGCCCCCAGGCCUUUACCCCAGCAACCACCCACCUGGCCGGGCAGGCACCCUGCGGGCGCUAUCCCGCCAAGACACCUUUGAUGCUGACACCCCCGGCAGCCGAAACUCUGCCUACACGGAGCCGGGAGACUCGUGUGUGGACAUGGAGACAGACCCCUCAGAGGGCCCAGGGCCUGGAGACCCUGCAGGGGGAGGCACACCACCAGCCCGACAGGGCUCCUGGGAAGACGAGGAAGACUAUGACGAGGAGAUGACCGACAACAGGAACCGGGGCCGGAAUAAGGCCCGCUACUGUGCGGAGGGUGGUGGGCCGGUUCUGGGGCGCAAUAAGAAUGAGCUGGAGGGCUGGGGACAAGGCGUCUACAUCCGCUGAGAGGCAGGGACAGUUCUG